AAUCUAUGUGGUCUUGUAUUCUUAUGUGUGAGAAAUCACCCGCGAAUGAAAAGUCUAAAGGCGGGAACCUAGCCCUAAUUUGAUAUUCUUUGCACUCUCAAUUCCAAUUUCACCCACAAUUCUUUCAUCACACCAUCUCUAAUUAUCCAAUUGAUCUAUCUACUCCCAAAAUUUAACAAUUAGUUGAAAAACCCCCAAUUUCCAAAACCCUAAUUUGAGCUGAUCGGAUGGAGAUCUCGCCCAAUUCGGAUACCAAACCGCGUGUUCGCCGGCGAUUGAUUCAGUCGACACUGUUCCCACACAAGUCUCCAGACAAUGUUGUAUGUGUUGAUGAAGAUAUUGAACCUGAUGUAGAACAGGAAGACGAUGAAGAGGACAAUUGCGGGAGUCAAGCCAAAAAAGGUAGAAAACGAAAGCCGAAAGCAGCGGCUCAACCGCGAGCUUCAAGAAAGCUUACUGUAAAUGGAAAUGAAAUUGGGGGAAAGAAUACCGACGAAGAAGGUUCUCCUGCUGCUGUUAAAGUUGAUUUCUUUGUUAAAGUUUCUGAGAGAAAAAAGAGACAGCAAAAGGAGCAGCUACCAGUUCUUUCACCUGAGAAAGUUGAACAAGUUUGUUCACCUCCAGAUGUCAUUAUGAAUUCAAAGAGCCCUAGAAAGCCUAGAAGACGAGCAAAUACUACACCAAAGAAGCAACAGGCAUGUGUUACACCACAGAAGCGACAAAUGAAUUCAAAUUCUAAAAAUGCCACUAAUGGUUCCUUAAAUGAAGAAUGUUCAGAUAAAAUGCUUGCGAGCCCCCCUAAGCAAAUUCCUGAUCUACGGUUAGAGGCAAAAAUGACUGCAGAGGAAAAUUCACGUAUAUUUGCAGGAAAGCAAAUACAUCCCUUCUUUUCAUUUCGGAAAGCUGGCAAGAAAAACCCCGAAACUACUAGCACAGAGAAUAAAUGGUGCGAUAGAAAAGAAAGUAACAAUGAUUUUAGUCCGGUUCACGUAUUCGAUAAAUCAAAGGCUGAAACUUUCUCUGUUGAUUGGGGAAACUGGAAAUUUUCUGAAAGCAUUCCCGCAAGAGCCACUCAAGAUCCUGAAGAUACUUGCUCACAACCGAUUAAUGAAGGAUUAGUCAGUUGCUUGCAGUUUGAUAACUUUCUUGAUGUCCCUUCAUCUGGAAUAGAGUGUCGAAACAUUGAGACGGUUCGUGAAGAUGUUAAAAUAUGUUUCUCAGAAAACUCAGAAUUUGUGGUGAAUUUGGAUUCAGAAAGGAUGACAUCAAAUGACUGUAGCCAUCAGUCUGAGAAUAGCUUAUGGACAACCAAGUACCAGCCUAAUAAAGCCAUUGAGAUAUGCGGAAACUCUGAAUCUGUAAAGUUUCUUAAUGAGUGGUUACAACAAUGGCGCGAAAAAGGUUCAAGGAUCAAUAAAUGCUCUACUGAUGAUAAUAAUUGGGUCAUGAAAGACGUUGACCUUAAUUACUGUCCCAGUGAUUGUGAUUCCGAAGGCGAAUAUAGCAAUGAAGAAAAUAGUUUAAAGAAUGUUCUUUUAGUUACAGGCCCAGUCGGGAGCGGGAAAUCUGCAGCCAUUUAUGCUUGUGCCAAAGAGCAAGGGUUUCAAGUUAUUGAAGUCAAUACAUCAGAUUGGAGAAACGGUGCACUAGUCAAGCAGAAAUUUGGUGAAGCCGUAGAAUCUCACUGGCUUCAAUGCUCUAUGGCCAGUUCCGAAAAUCCAGAUAACAAAAGUCAACCGACGUCAACCCCAACCAAAACCAAAUCCGCCAAUGAUGAUGUUAUAGAAUUGAUACCCUUAUCAGACGACGAGGAUUCAAAAGACGUUUGCGGGCCCGCUGCGAAGCCAUCUAAUUCACAAAACGGAACUAAAACUCUUAUCCUUUUCGAGGAUGUAGAUGUAACUGCGUAUGAAGAUCGCGGUUUUAUUUCUACUAUACAACAGCUUGCAGAGACCGCAAAGCGUCCAAUGAUAUUAACUAGCAACUGUGAUGAUCCUGAUUUACCGAAUAAUUUAGAUAGGAUAGAGGUUAGCUUUAAAAUACCAUCAUCAGAUGAGCUUCUCAGGCUUGCAUAUACGGUGUGCGCUGCAGAGAAAGCUGAAAUCGAUCCUUGCCUCGCAGAACGGUUUAUUGAUCAUUGUCAUGGUGAUAUCCGUAAAACCAUAGCGCUCCUCCAGUUUUGGUGCCAAGGUCGAAGUCAAAGAAAAGAUAGUGAAGUGAGGAAUACAUAUGCUCCACUGCUGUUUGAGCCUAAUGCUGGGCAUCAUGUUCUACCACAAAUGAUCCCAUUCGGUUACACUUCCAAACUAUCUGAAACAAUUGAUAACGAGAUUACAAAGUCGACUCUGUUGACCAAAAAAGACGCUAUGCUCAUGGAGACAAUCGAGGAAGAAGAAGAUGAAAACAACAAUACACAGGAUAUCAAUUCCAAAAAGGACGAAAUGCUACGCAUCCACUGCUUCGAGCAAGAAGAGAACAACGGUCUUGAAUUCACAAGAAGAACGCUUCAGAAAAAAUACGAUCCGGUAACUUCUUAUGAUUCAGAACCAUGCUGGAACGAAGAUGUACUGAAUAUAACCGAUGAAUUAAAUGAAGAAACGCCUGUUGAAACAAGAAAUUCUAGGAGAAAAUAUAACGCAGUACUGUCUUCUGAUUCCGAAGAAGAGUGCUUUAACGAGGACACUUGUCAUCCAUCCGAAGUACCAGAUGUAUCUUGUGUUCCGGAAUCUUCUUACGUUCCCGAGACAGAAAUCGAGAAUGGAACAAUGAUGUACUCUACUAUGUGUUCUAGCGGGUGUGAUUAUGGAAUAGAAAAGGGUCCCACUAACACUGAUAGUGAAACCAAUAACCGUAAUCAUGGUUGUGAAGAAGAUAAAGUGGUUAGAGAUUUGGAUUUGGAUAAUCACGAGCAGGUUCACGGGGAAGAAAUCGGAGAUUCUCACAUCGAACCUACCGAAUCUAUUCCAAGAGAUUAUCAAAUGAUGGAUGAAUGUAGUCGAAUAGAAUUUAGCAAAAAAUCAGAAUCUGUUCACGGGUUUAAAUCUGCGGGUUCGACAGAUGCUGUACAAGAAACUUGGAGAAAACUAAGAAACUGCAGUAAGGAAUUAAGUCAAUACGUCUCGGUUGAGGAAAAAGACACUUUGGAAGCAUUACGGAUCUCUUACGGGAUGACUAACUUAAUAUCUGAAGCUGAUUUAUUACUUGCGGAUUGCCAAUCGUUAACAUGUGAUAACUUAAAACCGUCAAUGAUUUCAUAUGAGAAGUCACAUUCGUACAGCUGGCACGAUGAUCAACUGCAAAUGGCAUCAGCAUUUGCUCAACAUGGCUUCUGUGUAUUUGCAAAAAGAAGUUUUGCUUCGGGAUCGAAUGACAAAAUGGAUUUGGCUUGGGAGAUGCUAGCAGCAUCGACUAAUGUUGUUUCGUUGGGAAAAUUUAUCAACCGAAAGAAUAGUUUGAUUAAAAGUUUAGGAAAUAAAAAGCUGCAAAGUGGGGCCUGCUCAAAAAGCAUCUUAGAGUCACCAAUUUGCAAUACAAUUCGGUCAAUAGUUCCUUUACGGUCACAGUUAUCAUUAAAAGGCUAUGUAUUUCAUGAAUACCUUUCGUCACUGGCCCACAUUUCAAGAUCAGAAUCUUAUCGUUUAUCAGAAGCCGUUAACAACUCAAGCCAAAGACGAAAGCGGGUUGCUCGAAACUACUUGAGUAAUGGUGCAUUAUCAUUAUCAAGUGAAGAUAUUUCAUUACUAGAUCAAUAUAAAUGUUACCAGAAACAUUCAUUGGAAACAAAAUCCGAAAGUUGAAGCUUACAAAGGGUAGAGGAAAUUCGUAAUUUAGAUGUAUACAUUACUAAUUAAUUGAAAUCCCCAUGUUUUUGUCAAUUGUCAUACUGUAAUAAUUUCACUUUCCUUUCAGAAUAGCUCAUAGUCUUAACUGGUUCAGUAUCUGUAGAACUAAAAUCCAUGGUUUUACACAUAAUAAUUAUAAUUAUUAUCGAGUUACAGUUU